CGGAAGUUGCUUUGUUUUGCUUCAAGAUGGCUGCGGGGAUGUAUUUGGAACAUUAUCUGGACAGUAUCGAAAACCUCCCCUUCGAACUGCAGAGAAACUUUCAGCUCAUGAGGGACCUGGACCAAAGAACAGAGGACCUGAAGGCUGAAAUUGACAAGUUGGCCACUGAGUAUAUGAAUAGCGCCCGCAGCCUGAGCUCCGAGGAAAAAUUGGCCCUCCUCAAACAGAUCCAGGAAGCCUAUGGCAAGUGCAAGGAAUUUGGUGACGACAAGGUGCAGCUUGCCAUGCAGACCUAUGAGAUGGUGGACAAACACAUUCGGCGACUGGACACAGACCUGGCCCGUUUUGAGGCUGAUUUGAAGGAGAAGCAGAUUGAGUCCAGUGACUAUGACAGCUCUUCUAGCAAAGGCAAAAAGAAAGGCCGGACUCAAAAGGAGAAGAAAGCUGCCCGUGCUCGUUCCAAAGGAAAAAACUCAGAUGAAGAAGCUCCCAAAGCUGCCCAGAAGAAGUUGAAACUUGUGCGCACAAGUCCUGAGUAUGGGAUGCCCUCAGUGACCUUUGGCAGUGUCCACCCCUCUGAUGUGUUGGAUAUGCCUGUGGAUCCCAACGAACCCACCUAUUGCCUUUGUCACCAGGUCUCCUAUGGAGAGAUGAUUGGCUGUGACAACCCUGAUUGUUCCAUUGAGUGGUUCCACUUUGCCUGUGUGGGGCUGACGACCAAGCCUCGGGGGAAGUGGUUCUGCCCACGCUGCUCCCAGGAACGCAAGAAGAAAUAGAUAGGGGCGAUGGAUUCCCACGGUUUCUUCCACAUCCCUGGACCCAGGCUAGUGGGGAGAGGAAAGCCUGUGCUGGGGCUCGGGGGCUCAGGGAGAGUGGAUGGCACAGUGUAGUCAUCCCUUCUCCUCACCUCUCCCCACUCCUGGUGCUGAGGCUGCAUCCAAACCCUGGUAGGGAGGGGUGCCACAGCCGCUAAACAUCUGUGCUCUCAUUGUCUGCCCCCCUCAGAGGGAAGUGGUCUUGCCCACUGUCCUUUUGCCUCUGUGCUGAGGUUGGUGCUGUAUUUCCAAGGGAUGGUCCUCUUCACUCCCCUUGCUUUGUAUUUAAGGACUGGGGCAGUAGCAUGGGGGCACUCCCUAGCCCUCCUGACUCCCUCUCCCUGUGGGGGGGGCUCUGGUGUGAUAAACUCUCUUUGUUCUCUUCCUGCUUUUUACAUGGUGGGGGCUCCCUAGAGCAUCUGGGCUGUGGCCUUAGUUGAAGGGGCACCCCUUCCUUUGUGCCAAGAGGAUUCAUCCUGGCCUUGUGAAUGGGAGAGGGGGCAAGGCGGAGUGCACGUAACUCACGUGUAAAGGAACUUGAGUAGGUGAAUAAAAGCUAUCCAUGUUGGCCUGCUGUGUUUAUUGUAGGGACUGUAUUUUAGAACAUGUGCUAUCCAUUUUGUUUGCAUCGUCUGGGUUGGAUUAGACGUGGGAGGAAGUAGAACAAGACACGGAACCAGAAGCGGUACCUCUGCACCAGAAUCCACAUCUCACCUUGGGAAAGACAGAGUUUGGGGGGGGGGGGUUGCCUCAGACCCGGGCUUUCCCAGGCUUCUAAAAUUAUGCAUCUUUUUUCCAUAAAGCAUCAUUCACUUAAUUUCCAAUAAAUGUGUAUUUGUGUUUUAUGCAUGUACUAUUA